AUGGUGUAUCGCACUCAGAAGCAAUCAGUUGAGGACCUCCAUGGAGAGUUCGGAACUACAGUGACUCGUCGCAUCGCGCAAGUUGCCUCAUUGUCCGAACUAGCCACGGGCCAACCCACAGAUUCCCAAGGGCUAGGUGGGGAGCAGGAGCGAACAGUCCACAACGAAUGUCGCCACAUUUCCUUCCAGCUAUUGCGUUCGAAGGAGGCCCCCGUUGCUCAUCCCACGCAUGACCCAGAAAUAAAGCGGCGCCAUUCUGCAGAGCGGCCUCUUGGCAAAUUGCGCAACGCAUCGGCUACCCACAAUGGGGCCGUUUUGCACAAGCCAGGGGCCGAGAAGUACUUUCAGCUUUGGAUGGACCCUUGCACAGCACCGUCGGCACGAUGUCGAGAGCACUUCCUGUCCUGCAUCAGAGCGCCGUCGGCGCGACCCCAUGCUCCCAGAGCAGAGGAGGCCCCCGUUGCUCAUCCCUUGCAUGAGCCAGAGAUAAAGCAGCACCAUUCUGUGGAGCCCUCUUGGCAAAUUGCUCAACGCAUUGGCUUCCCUCAAUGGGGCCGUUUUGCACAAGCAGGGGCCGAGAAGUACUUUCGGCUUGUCCCUGCACAACUUCGUCGGCACGAUGACGAAAGCACUUCCUGUCCUGCAUCAGAGCGCCGUCGGCACGACCCCAUGUUCCAAGAACAGAGGAGUACUUUCGGCAAUGGGCUGGUCCUUGCAUCACAGCUCCGUCGGCACGACCCCAUGUUCGAAGAACAGCGGAGGCACUCGCCUUCAAAGCAUGGAAUAGAUGCAGACUCUGCCAGCCAUGAGGGCUUGCCUACAGCUCCUCAGCCCAGGACAGAGAGCCGGGAGGACAGAGAGCCGGAGCAUGUCUGCGGCGUCGAUGCAAGGGGCUACGCAAGCGAAGCUAGGCAGAUUGGAGACGACAUCGUUGAGUUUCAGCAAGGUUCGGUCACAGUCCGCGAGGACAAGCGUCCCAAAGCAUCAUCCAGCGAGGUAACAGUUGCCAGGAUGGAAAUAGGCGUGCUGCCCAGCACUUCCGGUGAGUUCUUUGUGCACGACAGCUGGACAACCAUGGAAGAUGACUUGUCAAGCUAUCAGAGCACUGCCACAGCCAUGCUCAGAUACGCAAUCUUCGGAGGAAAGCGCAUGACAAGCCAGCCGUUGGGAAGCCUGGCCAAGCCUGGUGCAGAUCGCGAUGACUACGUUGGACGUUGGAUAUUUGUUGGGAGAAGGCGUGGGUAUGCUCGGCAUGUGCUGGUGCCCAAGGGCUUGGCAGCUUUUGGAACGUGGGAAAACAUCGAUGCGUUUGCAGAUCCAACGUUGAUUGCAGACCCUACGCUGAAGGCACGUGCUGCGACAGAGAGGGGGCAACUGCCCUUCGAUUGGGUGGACGACGUCCGUCUUCGGUUUGUGCGCCCUGCACGUGAGGACCAGACCAUGGUGCUACUGGAGCCUGUCUCUGUUUGGGACAUUCUGGAGGACCUGUCUACACACCACGAGUUGGACUUGCUGCCGGGCAACCUGGAUAUGCCUGAUGGCGGCCUCAACCGGGUUGGCUUGCAUGAGGUUCCUGUGCAGAUUGCCUUCCGCAACCCGGAGACAGCUGCAGGGAACUACACGGUCCUCGUUGACGUGGUUUCGAAGCAGAGCCAGGAUGAAGAGUUGCAGAAGGAACAAAUGAAGAAGGCUGUUGAGCAAGGCAAGAGUUACAGACUGGUUCAGCGUGGUGGAGCGGUUGAGGGUCUUGACAUUGCAGACGACGACGAUGAUGAUGUGGAAUGA